AUGCGCGCGCCGACGAUUGUGAUUCGGUGUCCAAUACGCAAGUCCGCAUUUCGUAGCUGCCGAGAGAAGUUUUCCGCACUGAAGGGCAGUUCAAGAUCACUAGCCCCGACGGUUUUACUUAAUAAUAUUAGUAAAAAAAUUGUUAGUUCGAAUUGUGUUAAUAUGGUUUGGUCGACAGUCUACGAUGGAAAAACCGAGAUGGGAUCCGGUGACAAACCAGCCAUGCAACUGGUGGCUGCUGAUGCUGCGUCUCACUUGCAGCACAUGUGCGCUCUGGACAUAGAUUCCAAGGCUUCCUAUGUCCGUCUGUCUGGCAUCAUCUGCACCAUUGGGCCGGCAUCUCGCGAUGUGGCUAUGUUGGAGAAGAUGAUGGAGACUGGAAUGAACGUGGCUCGUAUGAACUUCUCUCACGGCUCACACGAGUACCACGCGGAGACCAUCAAGAACUGCCGCCAGGCCGAGGCAAAUUACAGCAAGAGGCUGGGAGUUCCAUUCUCACUGGCUAUAGCACUCGAUACUAAGGGACCAGAAAUCAGAACCGGGCUUUUGGAAGGCGGUGGUUCAGCAGAAGUUGAAUUAAAAAAAGGCGAGACUAUCAAAUUGACUACAGAUCCUGCUUACCAAGAAAAGGGUUCAGCCAGUGUUAUAUACCUGGACUACAAGAACAUUACCAAUGUAGUGAAGCCAGGGAACAGAAUCUUUAUUGAUGACGGUCUCAUCUCAGUCAUCUGUCAGUCAGCGACUGGUGACACCCUCGUCUGUCAGAUUGAGAAUGGAGGUAUGCUUGGAUCUCGUAAGGGUGUGAACCUCCCCGGCCUGCCGGUAGACCUUCCAGCUGUUUCAGAGAAGGACAAAUCUGACUUGAUCUUUGGUGUUGAACAAGGGGUCGACAUGAUAUUUGCUUCAUUCAUCAGGAAUGGUGCUGCUCUGAAAGAGAUUCGCGGCAUUCUUGGGGAGAAGGGAAAGAACAUCAAGAUUAUCUCUAAGAUUGAAAACCAUCAGGGCAUGGUUAACCUCGAUGAAAUCAUUGAGGAAUCCGAUGGUAUUAUGGUAGCUCGUGGUGACUUGGGUAUUGAGAUCCCACCAGAAAAAGUGUUCUUAGCGCAAAAGACAAUGAUCGCUCGCUGUAACAAGGUCGGAAAACCAGUGAUAUGCGCGACCCAGAUGUUGGAAUCUAUGGUGAAGAAGCCUCGUCCCACUCGUGCUGAGACAUCUGACGUGGCUAACGCUAUCUUGGACGGAGCAGACUGUGUGAUGUUGUCCGGAGAGACAGCUAAGGGAGACUACCCACUGGAGUGUGUCCUUACAAUGGCUAACAUCUGCAAGGAGGCUGAGGCAGCUAUCUGGCAUAAGCAGCUGUUCAACGACCUUGUACAACAGGUAAAAACUCAAGGAGACCCAGCACACUCGGUGGCCAUAGCAGCUGUUGAGGCUGCCACCAAGUGUAUGGCGUCUGCUAUAGUGGUGAUCACCACCAGCGGCCGGUCCGCUUACCUUCUUAGCAAGUACCGACCUCGCUGUCCCAUCAUCGCUGUCACCAGACAUCCUCAGACAGCCCGACAGGCACAUCUGUAUAGAGGAGUCUUGCCCAUCGUUUACGAAGAGGGCGUUGCGAGCGACUGGCUCAAGGACGUCGACAACCGCGUCCAAUACGGCUUGAAGUUCGGUCGCGCGCGCGGCUUCCUUCACACAGGCGACAAUGUAGUAGUCGUUACAGGAUGGAGACAAGGAUCCGGAUUCACUAACACCAUGAGGGUCAUUUCAGUGGUUUAG